UGAUCUGAGCUUAAUUACCAGACAAUCUGCCCUGUUGGGGAUAACUUUUAUUAAUGACGUCACAACUUAUUUCCUGAAAAGUAUAACUCUCUCCAAGCCAUAUACGUAAAGAGUGUUCGGGAAAAGUUUCGUUGCAGGCAUGUGGAAAGUUUUACCACCUAAAGGUUCUGACCAGCAAUUCCCUGUGAAAUUUUCACGUAAAGCAACCAAAGCUGCUGAGCAAGAGCCCUACAAGGUUCAGUUUAGUGAGAAAGAACUUAGAGAGAAACUUACUCUGCAGGAAUAUCAUGUGACACAGGAGAGGGGUACAGAGAGAGCAUUUACUGGUGAACUCUGGGAUAACAAGGAACCCGGUGUGUACAGAUGCAUUGUUUGCGGAAAGAAACUUUUCCUGUCUGACACCAAGUUUGAAUCCGGCUCUGGUUGGCCGUCAUUUUGGGAAACGGCUGAAGAUGGAAGUGUGAGGAAAAUUACGGAUACUUCACAUGGAAUGACAAGAGUUGAAGUAACAUGUGCUGAUUGUGGAGCACAUUUAGGACAUGUGUUUGAUGAUGGCCCCAGACCAACAGGCCAGCGUUACUGCAUGAAUUCAGCAUCACUUAAGUUUGACCCUUCAAAAGGUACUAAAAAAAGCAAGAAGAGUGAAUUGUAGAAAAGCUGUCUCUAGAGACUGAUAGUAAAUUUGAAAUCUUGAUGACAGUCGACUCUGGUAACCUGCUUGGUGUCAUGUGAUUGUCAUGCUUGAAUUAUUUAAAAUUAGCUUGAAAAGUGAGCCCAGAUUAUUUUAGAAAAAAAAUAUUAAAGUGCAGUUUCCAGUGUUGC